CGCUCCGCUUCUUUGUCCGUCGCUGUCUUUCCGCUUCUCUUCUGACCUCCGGCCGGACUCCGGCCGGCGAUGGAGACCUGCAGGCUGCCCGUGGAGGUCAUCACUUACGUCUUGAGUUUCCUACCUAUCUCUGAUAGAAAAGAGGCCUCUCUAGUUAACCGAGCCUGGUAUUUUGCAGCCCAAGAUUCUCUGCGACAGGAGGACGUCUUCUACAACAUCCCAGCUACUUCUGCUUCACUCAAGACCAUCCGGGGCUUGGCCCAAAGGCACGUGUGCAGUGUCAAGAUGGCAAACCUAGAUAGCUCUACCACUUCUCGAGAUGUCAUCAGAUGCAUUGCCAACUACUUGGGGCCCGAUCUACGCAGACUCUGCUUGAAUGGGAGCUGCCUGACAGAAGCUAGCUUUGAGGAACUCCUUCUUGCUUGCCCCUGCCUCGUGGCCCUGGAUCUGAGCAGCUGCAACAGCCUCUUCAUGUCUGGCACUAUGCUGUCCAAAAAAGAGACUUUAUUGCAAGCCCAAAAAGUGCUAGCUAACUUGAAGGAACUGAAUUUGUCUAGUGUAAGGUACUUGUCCGAUCUCACUUUCAACCGCCUGACCAGCUGUUGUCCAAAACUGGCCAAGUUGGUUCUUGCGCGCUGCCACAUUACCUUUGAGUUUGACGGCUACGAUGGCUCCCGUAACUACAGUUCCUCCGCCCUGCUAUCCUUCCGCAACCUCCUGCAGCUUCUCAGCCAGCGAGCCACUUGCAUGAAGUCUUUGGAUUUGAGUGGCACCAAUAUUAACAGCCAAGCAAUGAAGACCUUGGUCCAAGUGGAGAACCUGCAGCUGCAGGAACUUGUAUUGCAGGCUUGCCGAGAUCUGACCAAUGAGGCUGUGAGCAUCCUGUGUCAGCACCAGCCUCAUCUGACCACGCUGGAUCUGAGCGGCUGCUCCGAGCUUUCUGACCGGGCCGCCCUAGCCAUCAGCUCCCGGCUUCUAGCUCUUCAGUGCCUGCGCCUGGGGAAGCUCCCGCGAAUGACCGAUGCUGGCUUCCAGGGAAUGUCACAUCUGAAGCAUCUCCAAAGCGUGGACGUGUCUGAAUGCAGUCUUGUGAGCUGCAGUGAGCUCGUGAAAGCUUUUGGCGCUAAUGCAGGACUUCCCAAACUAAAAUCCUUGAAUGUUGCCUUUUGUUCAUUACUGAGAGACAGCACAGUGCUCUCUCUGGCUCAAGCUCUAAGCAAGAACCUCCGGGUUUUGGAUCUAUCAUCUUGUGUGUCGCUCUCCAACAGAAGCAUCCAGGCUAUCGCUUCCAAUCUUUUAUGUCUGACUGUCCUCCGCUUGGCCUGGUGUAAAGAACUGACUGACUGGGGCUUGCUGGGUAUUGAGGAGCCCAGAGAGGAGUGUGAAUGUGCCAGAGAGAAAGGUGCAGGCCCAAAGUUCAGCAGGAACUUUGGCAACAUGGGGUUUUUCCUGCCACCUCCCCAGGAUUUGGAGCCCGAUAAGCUGAAUGCCCAAGAGCAGGGCCAAACCUCUUUGCAUGCCUUGACCAGUCUGCAAGAGCUUGACCUGACAGCCUGCGGGAAGCUGACAGACAUGAGCAUAACCAAGGUUAUUAGCUUCCCAGAACUUCGCCACCUCUCCCUCAACCUCGUGCCGAACAUCACUGAUCUCAGCCUCCUUGCUAUUGCGCAUAACUGUCGGAGCUUGGAACACCUUUCGUUGAGUCACUGCACCAACCUGACAGAUAGAGGCUUUGCCGAGGCAGCUGGAUCCUUGCGCAGGCUGCAGCAUCUCAUUCUUUCUGGCUGCAACCAGCUGACACCCAGGACCCUGAGGUCUGUCGGUCAGGAGUGCCAGCUGCUGAAGUGCUUGGAUGUCUCCAUGUGCAGCAAGAUUAGCAUGUCUGACGUUGAACAUUUCCAAUCACAGCUGCCCCCUCAGAGCCAGACAAGGAUCCAGUCACGGUUUGUGGGUGGAGCAGACCUUUCCAUCAGCCUGUAAAGGAACGCCUUGUGGGUUGUGAGCCUUGAUGAUUAACCUCUCUCCAUCCCAGUGGGAAGGCAGGAGGUCUUCUUGGGCAGCCUUGAUAGCGUCAUGACCAUAGGGUGAAAAUGAAUUGCACUGCUACGGCCGUAUGAGCCCUAUCAAAGAAGCAACCCGUCAUGGCAGGGAGGACAGCUUCCAAGACUGUCUUUCAGGAGCGGGCUCUUGAGCAAGACCAGCCGCUUUGGUAUCCUGCAAGCAGAACGGGGGAUAUUUAUUUUGCUCCUGGAGUUUGGACCAAGGUAAGUCCCAGCACUGCUGGGAGUGGUCUCCCAACGAGACAGCAGGACAAGUCUUGCUAUCCAUACCAACACUGACAUAGCCAGUCACAAGCACUUUUUUCUCCCCCCAAAGGCUGUGAAUUCCCUGUGUGCAAGAAGGAUAACUAUAUCCUUAGUUGCCAACCCUUAAAAAUCCCCUUGUCAAUUUUAGGGGAACCUGUGAUUGCAAACCCUUCCAAAGUCUGUCCUCCCCAUAUUAGAGCAUCCUUGGACUGUUCAGGUACAGUGAGACAUUCCAGCAACUUCCUUCUUGCAAACAGGGUGGGAAAAGCAACUUUUCUCACUAGCAUCCCUCUUCUUCCUAAGCCUGUAAUGUGUGUACUGGGGCUUCAGACACAAAACACGUGCACAAAUAAAAGACUGCCAUCUUAUCCACGCUUUGGAGUUUGGGACAAAGGACAAUGCAGGCUAUUAAACUCAGCUCUCUCAUCUUGGCUAAGAGUUGCAUAUUUGAUUUCAGUUCCCACAAAUUCCUGCAAGCUGUAGCCCAAAGUAGCUGAGGCCUGCCAGAUGCCCGCUUCUGCACAAUAGCAUCGGGAGCCACGUCCUGCAAAAUUUGUCAAGUCAUGCCUGAAAUCCAGCUUUGUGCACAACGGUUAAAAAAAGAAAACAAGGCCUACCAGUUAAAACAUCCCACUGGCCACAGUAAUAAAGUAAGGCGAGGGUCAGAAGAAGGUAAAUGUGAAUCAAGUAAUAAAUCUCAGGAUGGUCUCCUGUAUAUCUCUAGGAGUUUUCUGAUACUGUGUGACCAUUACAACUUUAAAAGCCUUUUUUUUCCUUUCCUAACGAACAUUUGGGGGAAUCCUGCUAGGAAGGUGUGCAGAAAGAUUCGUGAGCUUGAUUCCGUAUUGAUCAGUUGCUCCUGAAUUAUGCAGAGACACUCUGCU